GGAAUCCCUGUUCCAGAUUUGGCCACCUGAGCUCACUACAGGCACCUGCAGGAUGAAGGCGCUCUCUCUCGUCCUUCUCCCUGUCCUGGGGCUGCUGGUACCCAGCCAGACACUGUGUCCCAUGGAUGAAGCCGUCAAUAAGAAGCUCCAGGAGCACACCAGCUCCCUAAUUUCUGGGUCAUUAAGCAAGAUGAGCCUGGACUGCCAAACUGUAACCUCCAGGGGGAACCUGGCCACUUGCCCCGCAGGCUUCACCAUCAGCAGCUGCACGUGCGGCUCCGCCUGUGGUUCAUGGGACGUGCGCGCCGAGACCACUUGCCAUUGCCAGUGCGCAGGCAUGGACUGGACCGGAGCGCGUUGCUGCCGCCUGCGUGCCACCGCAGCCUGAGAUCGCGCAUGCGCCGCACGGGCUGGGGACGGGGCUGGAAAUAAACCGGGAGAUCGAGACCAGGAAGAUAAAGGAGCAGA